AGCACUUCCCGGCCUGUCCCUCACUACUGCCGGGAGAGCGGAGGAUGAGGCUCCGGCUGUGGCUGCUCGUGCUGGGCCUGAGCGCGGGACGUCCGGGCGGGAGCCUGAGGAGGAGGACGGCAGAUGAGGGUAGUCCUGCGUCUCUGCAGACCCCACACUGGGAGGUGGUUCCGGAGCUGAGCUGUGACGGGCGCCCGCUGACCCUGGAUGAUGUCCUUCAGACUCUUCCUGACCGCCUGCAGCUGAGCCUGGCGCUGGGCACACGGAGCGCCCACAUGGAUCUGCACCGGAGCCGACAGUUACUGCCGGACUUUCACACUGUCAGCUAUUACCAUCCCGAUGGUCGCCGUGUCACAGAACGGAGACCUCAUCAGGUGAACUGUUACUACCACGGGACUCUGGUGGGACGCGAUGGCCCCUGGAGCGACCUCAGCCUGUGCUCCGGCCUCAGGGGGACCGUCAUCCUGCCUGCGGAGCAGUGGUUCAGCAUUGAGCCAGCCCAGGGGACCCGCUCCCACAAACACAUAGUGCGCCUCAUCAUCGAGAAAAAGAACAUCACGCGUGAGACGCACGAGGAAGAUACAGCUGUGAACAAGAGACCCGGGAGAGUGCUGCUCAGCUUAUCCGAUGAGAGUGCACGUCCACACCGGGUGGAAAGUGAGGUGAAGUACGUGGAACUGGUAAUGGUGGCCGAUAAUAGUGAGUUCACCAUGCUUCACCAGGAUUUGAGGGGCCUCCAUGUCAGGAUGAUGGAGAUCGCCAACAGGGUGGAUGCUUUUUACCGCACGCUGAAUCUCCGGGUGGUGCUGGUCAUGGUGGAGGUCUGGAGCCAGAAGGACCUGAUCUCAGUCAGUGAAGAUCCCGCUGAGACUCUGAACAGGUUCCUGGCCUGGAGAGAGAAGGAUCUGGUCCGCCGAGUACAUCAUGAUAACGCUCAGCUCCUAACGGGGGUGACAUUUAAAGACUCUUCUGUUGGCAUGGCCACAAUCAACUCUAUGUGCACGGUGGAUCGCUCUGGAGGGGUCACAAGGGAUCACUCUGUGAGCGUUCUAGCUGUGGCGUCCACAAUGGCACAUGAACUGGGGCACAAUCUGGGCUUGAAUCACGAUGUCGGAGACGGGACGUGCGGGCAGCCAAAGAUGGGAAAACAGUGGAUAAUGGCGCAGUCCACAGGGUUUAUGCCGGGCCUGGAGUUCAGUAACUGCAGCAGGAAAGACCUGAUCUCCAGUCUGCGCCAAGGAGGAGGCCUCUGCCUGUAUAACCUGCCCAGCCCGGGCAGCCUGUACGGGAGGGCCACAUGUGGAAACUUGCUGGUGGAGAAAGGGGAGCAGUGUGACUGCGGCCUGCUGCAGGAGUGCUUGGAUCCUUGCUGUAAUGCCAGCAGCUGCCAGCUGAUGCCCGGGGCUGAGUGCGCCUCAGAUGGGUUGUGUUGUGAGCAGUGUAAGGUAAAGUCCCCCGGGACAUUAUGUCGGCAGCCUUUGGGGGAGUGUGAUCUCCCGGAGUACUGCAAUGGAGUGUCUCCUCACUGCCCCGCCAAUGUCUACCUGCAGAAUGGGGAGCCCUGUGAAAGCGGGCAUGCACACUGCUACCAAGGAGAAUGCCGGACCCUCCAGAAACAGUGCCUCGACAUAUGGGGUCCUGGGUCUUCUCCAGCACCGGAUUCCUGUUUUGCUAAAGUGAACGUGAGAGGAGACAAAUAUGGAAACUGUGGACGAGCGACAAACGGCUCCUACCUGCCCUGCGGCCCCAGGAAUGUCCUCUGUGGCCGCAUUCAGUGCCUGGGUGGCAGAGAUCGCCCACUGUUGGGCACCAGUGCAGAAGUGAUCUCAGUGAAGAUAUCAGUGAAUGGAACGGAGGUCUCGUGUCGGGGCACAUACUUUAAUCUGGGAGAUGAUGUUUGGGACUCUGUUCUGGUAAAGACGGGGACGGUGUGCAGGCCGGGACAGGUUUGUGUUAAUCGGCAGUGUCGAGAUGCUGCAGAACUGAAGGCCCAGGCGUGCAGAUGUGGGGGCCAUGGGGUGUGUAACAGUAAUGGUAACUGUCACUGCGAUCCCGGCUGGGCUCCGCCGCACUGCGACUCGUCUGGCCAUGGUGGAAGCCAGGACAGUGGGCCGAUUUCCCAGGAUUCUGCCAGCAGUUCAGUGGCCGGCACUGUCUUCCUGGUUCUCCUGGUCAUCUGCCUCGUUGUCGUCCUCUUCUUCUGUUACCUGAAACGGGGAUGUCUGCAGAGGAUGCUGUGCGGGGUCUUCAGCAGUAGCAGUAAAUGUCAGUACAGAGUCACCCACAGCAGCGGCCCGCUCCGACCCCAGCGGCCACCACCACCGCACCGGACACAGAGUACUGAGCUGCAGGUGAUGUCCGCGAGUAACCAGUCUGAUUAUGAAGGCUGUGACCGGCCCGAUCCUCCAUCCAAGCCUCUCCCACCUGACCCAGUUCAGAGGCGCAGCCAGGCUGCUGCUCAGGACAGGCCACCUGCCCCAACUCGGCCCCUCCCUGUGGACCCCUUUCCACGUCGGGCCCAGGUGUCUUCUUUUACCAAACCCUCUCCUCCCAAGAAGCCAUUACCACUUAGUCCUAUAGCGCAGUGCCAGGACCCUCUGCUCGGGGUGGACGCCUUCUCUGACCAUGUCGCUGCGCUUCCAGCACGGCAUGCCCUACGACCCCCAUAUGCGAGAAGAACCCCCAAAGUGUAAUGUGUGGAAGAGGUCGGAGGAGACCCCAGGAGAGUCCCUGGGUGAAGCAAGUGACUGCAUAGUGACUACUGCACAUUGAGGCUUGCCUCAUAUAGGACGAGCGUGCCUUUGUACACCCCCUCAGCUGGACUCGUGGGGCCCCCUUUUCUUUGAGACAUUUACCUUUUUAUUAUAUUGCUGAGUGAACGUUUGGAAUGACUGUUUGUGUGCCAAGUUUACAUACUUACGUGCAAUAAUUGGGGAGCCCGAUGGGUGAGGGGCAGGGAACGACGCACUGUGUGCUGAAUGGAAUCACUCCAUAUCUGCCUCCAUCCCCCGGCAGGAGCUGACUGUGAUGGGAAGGGUUUGGGCAGGGAUAGGAUGAUGGCUCCUGGCAGACGGCUGAACCUCUGCCCAGUCAGAUCAAUGGCCGACAGAGGACAGCUCUUCUAGAACCUCCUGUGAAAGGUCAGCAGGCUGCAGCACUUCUGGCUCUUCCUCUGAGCAGCAGGUAGAGGGCAGCGCUUCUGGCUCUUCCUCUGAGCGGCAGGUAGAGGGCAGCGCUUCUGGCUCUUCCUCUGAGCGGCAGGUAGAGGGCAGCGCUUCUAGCUCUUCCUCUGAGUGGCAGGUAGAGGGCAGCGCUUCUGGCUCUUCCUCUGAGUGGCAGGUAGAGGGCAGCGCUUCUGGCUCUUCCUCUGAGCGGCAGGUAGAGGGCAGCACUUUGGCUCUUCCUCUGAGCGGCAGGUAGAGGGCAGCCCUUCUGGCUCUUCCUCUGAGCGGCAGGUAGAGGGCAGCGCUUCUGGCUCUUCCUCUGAGCGGCAGGUAGAGGGCAGCCCUUCUGGCUCUUCCUCUGAGCGGCAGGUAGAGGGCAGCGCUUCUGGCUCUUCCUCUGAGCGGCAGGUAGAGGGCAGCGCUUCUGGCUCUUCCUCUGAGCGGCAGGUAGAGGGCAGCGCUUCUGGCUCUUCCUCUGAGCGGCAGGUAGAGGGCAGCGCUUCUGGCUCUUCCUCUGAGCGGCAGGUAGAGGGCAGCGCUUCUAGCUCUUCCUCUGAGCGGCAGGUAGAGGGCAGGGCUUCUAGCUCUUCCUCUGAGCGGCAGGUAGAGGGCAGGGCUUCUGGCUCUUCCUCUGAGCGGCAGGUAGAGGGCAGCGCUUCUGGCUCUUCCUCUGAGCGGCAGGUAGAGGGCAGCACUUUGGCUCGUCCUCUGAGCGGCAGGUAGAGGGCAGCGCUUCUGGCUCUUCCUCUGAGCGGCAGGUAGAGGGCAGCGCUUCUGGCUCUUCCUCUGAGCGGCAGGUAGAGGGCAGCGCUUCUAGCUCUUCCUCUGAGCGGCAGGUAGAGGGCAGGGCUUCUGGCUCUUCCUCUGAGCGGCAGGUAGAGGGCAGCGCUUCUGGCUCUUCCUCUGAGCGGCAGGUAGAGGGCAGCGCUUUGGCUCGUCCUCUGAGCGGCAGGUAGAGGGCAGCACUUUGGCUCGUCCUCUGAGCGGCAGGUAGAGGGCAGCGCUUCUGGCUCUUCCUCUGAGCGGCAGGUCAGCACUUCUUCUUCCUGUGACCAUCAGGCAGAGGGCGGCACUUCUUCCUGUGACUGUCUGGUGGGGGCAGUACUUCUUCCUGUGACUGUGUGGCGGGGCAGUACUUCUUCCUGUGACUGUCUGUCGGGGGCAGCACUUCUUCCGGUGACUGUCUGGCGGGGGCAGCACUUCUUCCGGUGACUGUCUGGCGGGGGCAGCACUUCUUCCGGUGACUGUCUGGCGGGGGCAGCACUUCUUCCGGUGACUGUCUGGCGGGGGCAGCACUUCUUCCGGUGACUGUCUGGCGGGGGCAGUACUUCUUCCUGUGACUGUCUGGCGGGGGCAGUACUUCUUCCGGUGACUGUCUGGCGGGGGCAGUACUUCUUCCGGUGACUGUCUGGCGGGGGCAGUACUUCUUCCGGUGACUGUCUGGCGGGGGCAGUACUUCUUCCGGUGACUGUCUGGCGGGGGCAGUACUUCUUCCUGUGACUGUCUGGCGGGGGCAGUACUUCUUCCUGUGACUGUCUGGCGGGGGGCAGUACUUCUUCCUGUGACUGUCUGGCGGGGGCAGCACUUCUUCCGGUGACUGUUUGUUGGGGGCAGUACUUCUUCCUGUGACUGUCUGGCGGGGGCAGUACUUCUUCCUGUGACUGUCUGGCGGGGGCAGUACUUCUUCCGGUGACUGUCUGGCGGGGGCAGCACUUCUUCCUGUGACUGGCGGGGGCAGCACUUCUUCCGGUGACUGUUUGUUGGGGGCAGUACUUCUUCCUGUGACUGUCUGGCGGGGGCAGUACUUCUUCCUGUGACUGUUUGUUGGGGGCAGUACUUCUUCCUGUGACUGUCUGGCGGGGGCAGUACUUCUUCCUGUGACUGUCUGGCGGGGGCAGUACUUCUUCCGGUGACUGUCUGGCGGGGGCAGUACUUCUUCCGGUGACUGUCUGGCGGGGGCAGCACUUCUUCCUGUGUCUGGCGGGGCAGUACUUCUUCCGGUGACUGUUUGUUGGGGGCAGUACUUCUUCCGGUGACUGUCUGGCGGGGGCAGUACUUCUUCCUGUGACUGUCUGGCGGGGGGCAGUACUUCUUCCGGUGACUGGCGGGGGCAGUACUUCUUCCGGUGACUGUCUGGCGGGGCAGUACUUCUUCCGGUGACUGUUUGUUGGGGGCAGUACUUCUUCCGGUGACUGUCUGGCGGGGGCAGUACUUCUUCCUGUGACUGUCUGGCGGGGGCAGUACUUCUUCCGGUGACUGUUUGUCGGGGGCAGUACUUCUUCCGGUGACUGUCUGGCGGGGGCAGCACUUCUUCCGGUGACUGUCUGGCGGGGGCAGCACUUCUUCCGGUGACUGUCUGGCGGGGGCAGCACUUCUUCCUGUGACUGGCGGGGCAGUAGGUGGACAGCACGGGCUUUGUACAUCUGGUUGUGUAUAUAUGAUAUGUGAUAAAGAGACUGCUGUGA